AUGGCGCAGAAGACCACCCUCAAGGAGUUCGAAUCCAUCUACCCCAAGCUCGAGGAGGCUCUCCUUGACCACGUCAAGUCCUAUAACCUCCCCAAAGAGCAGGUGGAAUGGUUCAAGAAGAGUCUCGAGGUCAACCCUCUCGGCGGCAAGUGCAAUCGCGGCAUGUCUGUUCCCGACUCAGUCUCCCUCCUCCUCGAAGCCCCCUUGACCGAGGACCAGUACUUCCACGCCGCCACCCUUGGCUGGAUGACUGAGCUCCUGCAGGCCUUCUUCCUCGUCUCCGACGAUAUCAUGGACAGCAGCAUCACACGCCGCGGACAGCCCUGCUGGUACCGCCAGGAGGGCGUUGGCAUGGUCGCCAUCAACGACGCGUUCAUGCUCGAGGCCAGCAUCUACUACCUCCUGAAGAAGUACUUCCGCUCCCACCCCGCCUACGUCGACCUCUUCGAGCUCUUCCAGGAGACCACAUUCCAGACCGAGGUCGGCCAGCUCACCGACCUCCUCACCGCCCCCGAGGACAAGGUCGACCUCAACAACUUCUCCAUGGAGAAGUACAGCUUCAUCGUCAUCUACAAGACCGCCUACUACUCCUUCUACCUCCCCGUCGCCCUGGCCCUGCACCAGCUCAACCUCGCCACCCCCAAGAACCUCAAGCAGGCCGAGGCCAUCCUCAUCCCCCUCGGCGAGUACUUCCAGAUCCAGGACGACUACCUCGACAACUUCGGCCUCCCCGAGCACAUCGGCAAGAUCGGCACCGACAUCAAGGACAACAAGUGCUCCUGGCUCGUCAACCAGGCCAUCGCCAUCGCCACGCCCGAGCAGCGCAAGAUCCUCGAGGACAACUACGGACAAAAGGACGACGCCAAGGAGGCCGUCAUCAAGAAGCUCUACGACGACCUCAAGCUCAAGGAGCGCUACGAGGCGUUCGAGGAGAAGCGCGCCGGCGAGCUCCGCAACCUCAUCGACAACAUUGACGAGAGCGAGGGCCUCAAGAAGACCGUCUUCACCGCCUUCUUCGACAAGAUCUACAAGCGAAGCAAGUAA